CAAGUCUCAAAACCCGGAAUUGCGUAUUUAUGGUUUGAUAUGCCAAGGCCGUAGUCCGCAGCGCCCCGAUGGCCACCCUGCAAUGAUGGACUCAGAUUGGGACAUCAUUCAAAAAUGUCUGCAAUUCAGAUUUGAACUUCGGCCUUCAGCAAAUGAAAUAUUCGACUUCGUCAUGCGUAGGCUUUUCUCAUCAGAUUCUUCGAGCCUACCUGACGGUCCUCGUGACGAUGCGCAGGGCGCCUUCCCUGGAGCUUCCCCACGCGAUGAUUCUGACGACUCAAACGACUUUUAUAUAACAGAACACCUGCUCAACAGUCCGCGAGCCCACCAUGAUCACGAGCUGACGAAUGUAAUCGUAGAGCCUGAAGCUCAGACAUCUUCUUCUUGUUUGUCACUCCCGAGCCUCAGCAGCACUGGUUCCGUAACGGUGUUCGACACUGCUUGUUCAUCGCUCCCGAGUCUUGGUAUUGGUCUCGUAACAUCGUUUGACGCUAAUUCUCUUCGAUCGACUAGCAUCUCGAGACAUGAACAGAGACGAUCGGCACCAUCACCACCAGUGCCACUUCCAAACGCAUCGUCGAGCCACCACGAAACGCGCCCGCGGAAACGAAAUAUCGUCAUAUUCGGCGAAACCGGUUCAGGGAAAAGUUCCAUCAUUAACACAAUCGCGCAAAACCAGCUCGCGAAGACAUCCGAUGACGCACAUGGAUGCACUUCUACCGUUCAACCCUAUCCAGUAGAAAUUUCAGGCCAGCGAUUCGUCCUGAUUGAUACCGCAGGUCUCAACUUGGGGACUGACACAGUGUCGGCGGCGAAAGCGGAAGAACAGUUGAAGAGUUUGUUGCAUGAGCUCAUGAGCUCUAGGAUGGAUGGAAUCAGCCUUCUGGUGUACUGUAUGUACAGCACGAUUGCCCCUCGCGCCCUCGAUAAGGCCUAUAACAAGUUUUACUCUGGAAUCUGCCAGAAGAAGGUUCCGAUUGUUGUCGUCGUCACAGGAUUAGAGAAAGAGACUCGCAUGGAGAGUUGGUGGGAUACCAACAGGGAAAUAUUCAAGGGUAUGUAUUUCGCAGACCAUGCUUGCGUCACAGCGCUUCGGGAACGCCCAAGCUUCCCAGACAACAUCACUCGGCGUAUUGCAGAGUCGGGCGACAUUCUGCGCAAGCUUCUUUUAAAGAAUUGCGCGGAUUUGGCGGUUGACCACCACUCGGAUUUGGCGGUCGACAAGAGCCGGUUGAAGUAUAUAGUUGGCAGGAUGAAGAGACGAAUGGCAGGCAAGAAGUAAACAUCAGGUUUAGAAGAUUACUAUGGUAUAAACGAAACCCGCUCAGAGAUUUUUAAGAGACUCCACACAGCUACAGUAUUUCUAGUGUUCUGAUGUCCAUGUUGUUAACAGAAGUUAUGUCUUUAACCCUUGCAAUGAUAUCAUGAUCCGAUGCGAUCCUCUUGAAUUCUCCAUCACGGUGCCGCGCUAGCAAAAAUGCACUAAAAGGCUGUCCA